AUCCACGAUCAGUUUCUUGACAGUCUUUCGUAGGAUUGCCAUCGCGAUGGAUCGUUGGGCAGGAAAGGUCGCUUUGGUCACUGGCGCGAGCGUCGGAAUAGGCGCGCAGAUCACGAAAGCGCUCGCCAAGAGUGGAAUGAAAGUGAUCGCCAUCGCGAGAAGGCUGGAAAAGUUGGAAGAAUUGGCGACGAAUAUUAAUUCUGAAUGUAACGGCAAAGUUUAUCCGAUGAAAUGCGAUGUCAGACAGGAAGAGGAAAUUCUCCAAGUGUUUAAGCGGGCAGAGGAAGAAUUGGGCGGUGUUGAUGUGUUAAUUAACAACGCUGGUGUGAUUUCAGUCGAGCCGAUUAUAGACGGAUCAACGGAGACUUAUCGCAAAAUUUUGGACGUAAAUGUGCUCGCGGUGGCGAUAUGUUCGCGGCAAUUGGUGCAAUCUGUCAAAAAACGCAAGGCUUCGGGUCAUAUCAUUAAUAUUAACAGUAUAGCAGGGCACUAUGCAGAAACUAUCCAUUCGCCAGUGAAUGUCUAUUGUGCUAGUAAAUAUGCUGUCACUGGAAUGACUGCGAGUUUGCGCAACGAAAUAGUAAACGCAAAGCUUGAUAUCAAAGUCACGAGCAUCAGUCCUGGUAUGGUAAAGACAGAUAUGGUAAAGGAAGUCGUCGCCAGCUUGGGCAAAGAUAUCCGCGAUGCUUUCGUUGAUGUCCCAAUACUGCAUGACGUCGAUAUUGCGGAUGCGGUGAUUUAUUGUUUAAGUAUGCCGCUACGUGUGCAGAUAUGUGAAAUCAUAAUAAAGCCACACGAAGCUUUAGCUACAAAGAAUCCUAGACCAUACGCGAAGAACUAAUGUGUAUGCUACGUUUUAAACUAGCUACUAGCCUUCUCCUGAAGCUUUUAACAGUCACGCUUUUUUGUAAAACAGAUGGAACUAAAAUAAGAAGAUUCAAGCUUUAUUUAAAUUUCUGUAAAACAAAAAUAGGGGGCAAUUUUAAGAGGAAAUAAACAGUGAUAUUUUUGUUUUCACAUGUAAAUUUUUCACAAUCACGAUACUAACUCUUAUAUUGUUAUAGAAAAUUAUUAAAUGCAAGCUAGUAUAUUUUAUCAUUACUUUAAUAUAAAUAAUAUGAAAUAUACAAAAUAAAACAAACUCGCAACAAAUUAUUCUCUAGAUUUUAUUUCUAAAAUCAAAUCUUAAUUGCAAAAAAAAUACUUGAGAGAGAGAAAAAAUUUAUGAAAUAAUCGAAGAGGGGAGAACACGUAGCAAAGUAACAAAGUAUGUAUAUUUUUAUUUUUCGGUAAAAUUAUGGAGAGAGGUAUUGUGAAGAGGAAGUAGGGGGCAGAGAGAUAGAAUGCAAUGCUAAUCAUAAAUGUGACGUGUCUUUGUGUAAUAUAUUAAUAUAUCUCUCGUUAUAUAUAUAUUUAUACGUUUACAUUUCAUUACAUCACAUCGAAUGGACAUAGUGCUGGAGUUGCCGGUUAUGUACACAUUCUUCUCUGUAUUAAAUUGUGCUAGAAAAUAAAUCUAAAGAGAAAAU